AUGAGGAAAUUCACUUCCUUGGUUAUCUGCUAUGGACAUGAUCCCAACACUACAGAUAACAUGGGACGCAUAUGGCCUGGACUUCCUACCACUGCAGGCUAUUUAACCCCAAAAGAUGGUGGCUUUCAUCUCUAUAGUGGUGAAGUACUGUUUGAAGUUUCGAAAAGAUGGUCUGGAAGAGUAUGGGGCAGACAAGGCCGUUGCUUUGAUGAAGAUACUAGCAAAGGUUCAUGCCAAACUAGUGACUAUGCUGGCCUUUUCCAUUGCCAAUGCAUUGGUGGAGUCCCUCCGGUCACAAUUCUUGAAAUGACAUUUGGAACCUCGAAAUCAAACUUACAUUACUAUGAUGUGAGUUUGGUUGAUGGGUUCAACUUGCCCGUGUCAAUGGUUCCCAUAGGUGGUGAGUAUCAUGCUUGCAGGUUAUAG